GCUACGGGCUUUAUGUAUAGCUGACCUUUGAAUUAAUUGAGUUUUAUUGCCCCUCCGAGAAUUUUGGACAAAUACGUAAAAGGCAAAACCUUUGCUUUUUUUGCUCAUCGUCGUAGUCAGUUUGUUAAAUGUGCAUUUCAGGUUUGUGUCCAGCACAAUCUGCUUGACACUGCUUGUCAGUAAUGAGAUAUUUAUAAUCAGUUGUUUAGCUUCAUGGGGAUGUUUUUCCCGUGAGCUCUUUCUCUUUGCGAAAAUAUGCAUUUUAGUUGUGGCUACUUCACUGAACCGCUGCUUGUUUCAGGUUUUUAUUAACAGUGACCUCUUUAAAUCACCCUUUUGGAAUCCAGGAGGGAAAGCCUCAGCGCAGAAUGACAGAGAUACACUGAUACAUUUCUUUACGUUGAUACAUUUUUAAAAACCAUCCUGUAGUUCGGUUGCAGCGACCUGUCCCGAGGGUGCCGUGGUUUCCCUCUGAUGUUUGCAGGAGAGCUGCAGGAGCUUCAGUGACUUUGUGGCAUGUCCUGAAACCUUUGCCACUGGAAACAGUUGCUGUGCUGCAUGGUUGUAAGCGAUUGGCAAGGAAGGUCAAACUCUUGUAAAUAUCUGCUUAAACAUUAGUGGCACCCUCAGAGUAGCAGUGAAACUUACUAAGGCAAGUUAAUGUGUGCCUGGGUACUGCUCCGUGUUUGUGUUGGGCUCACUGUGUUCUGAGACCCUGUGAUGGGGAGACUGUCGGCGUGAAAAAGCAAACAAUGAAUGUCUAAGUUAACUUGGUGUGCUGCUGUUACUGGAAAAGAGCUGCUGUUCAAGGUCUUAUAUUUUUUGAAAUCUUAUUAUUGCGUCCAAUCCUUGCUGUUCACUCUUUUGAUCUGUUGACAAGUGUUUUUCCAUGGUGUGUUCCUCUGUUUGUUAAUUUGGCGCCUCGUCUCUCUGUGACUCCCCAUGUUGUCUCACAUCUUUUGUUUUGCUGUCUCUUACAACUUUAAAUCCUGUCUGAAAAAUUUCGCUUUCUGCAGCUGUUAAUUGCUGGAUAUUGUUUCUUAUUCUUGUUCUCCCCAGCACUUCCUUUUUGCUGGCACGGUUUGUUGUUGGUUGGUGGUGUUGUUGUGUCUCAUCGCUGGGUUCUGUUAUUCGGAGGAAGCUGAAUGUGCCGUGCUUUUGCUUUUCAUUGUGUUCCUCCUUUCUGAGAACACCUGCUCGUGUCAUGGAUGUUCCUGCUGUGUGCUUGUACAAUUGUCAUCACUUGAAUACGUGUUUGCAUCGCCCUGUCACAGAAUUCAGACUGCUGAUCCUCCCCUGAGUUAACUCCCUCCUCGGAGUUAAGGCAGGACAUUUACUCCCAGUUUUAUAGAAGGGAAGCCAAGAUCCAGGCUUGCCUAGGGCACAUGGGAGCUCUUUACUAGAAGAAACAAGUGAGCUUGAGCCAACAUUUUCUAUACAGGCUCUCUUUUAGCCGGAAAACACAGCUCAAGAAAACUACCUGGGAUGAGACAGGAGUUCAAGAAUGCUGAUGUACCUCUGUUGGCUUUUCAGUACAGCUUUUUUGUGCCCUGCUCCCUGGCAUGGUAAAGGCAGCUGCAGAACCAGGAGGCUGGAGUGGAGGAGCUCUGGGAAGCUUGAAGUCACCAAUGGAAAACUCCCAUGGCUACUCAGUGGGAAUGCUGACCCCUCUGUUGGUGGUACAAGAGCUUGGACUGAAAUUUAAAACUGUGGUGCCAAAUGACGUUGUGCCAGCUAUUGCAAUUGCUGCCUUUGGACUGGCUGCAGCAACACAGGAGGCCUCACCUUCCAAAGUUGCCUCUAGUUGGUUAGUGGAUGACCGGUGUGUGGUCCAGCCAGAGGCAGGUGACCUUGCUAAUCCUCCCAAGAAGUUCCGAGACUGCCUUUUCAAGGUGUGUCCUAUGAACAGAUAUUCAGCCCAGAAGCAAUACUGGAAAGCCAAGCAAGCCAAACAAGGAAACCAUACUGAAGCAGCACUGCUGAAGAAACUUCAACAUGCAGCAGAACUGGAACAAAAGCAGAAUGAAAGUGAAAACAGAAAGCUGUUGGGUGAAAUUGUAAAAUACAGCAACGUCAUCCAGCUACUGCACAUAAAAAGCAACAAAUACCUCACAGUCAACAAGAGAUUGCCAGCUCUGCUGGAGAAGAAUGCUAUGCGGGUGUCCCUGGAUGCUGCAGGGAAUGAGGGCUCCUGGUUUUACAUCCAGCCAUUCUGGAAACUGAGGAGUGAAGGUGACAAUGUUGUGGUGGGAGAUAAAGUUGUUCUCAUGCCAGUCAAUGCAGGACAGCCUCUGCACGCCAGCAACAUUGAGCUUCUAGAUAACCCUGGCUGCAAAGAGGUAAAUGCUGUCAACUGUAACACAAGCUGGAAAAUAACUUUGUUCAUGAAAUUCAGUAGUUACCGAGAUGAUGUACUGAAAGGAGGAGAUGUUGUGAGGCUGUUUCAUGCAGAGCAAGAGAAGUUUCUGACCUGUGAUGAAUAUGAGAAGAAACAACACAUUUUCCUCCGCACUACGUUACGUCAGUCAGCCACGUCUGCAACAAGUUCUAAAGCACUGUGGGAAAUAGAGGUUGUCCACCAUGACCCUUGCCGGGGAGGGGCAGGACAGUGGAAUAGCUUGUUUAGAUUUAAGCAUUUGGCAACUGGAAACUACUUGGCUGCAGAGCUUAACCCACACUACCCAGAAGGUAAUAAUGAAGGCAAAGCUUUGCAGAGAGACGGCGACCUUCCUGCUUCAAAGAAGAAACGCCAGGCAGGGGAGAAGAUUAUGUACACUUUGGUCUCUGUGCCACAUGGAAAUGACAUUGCAUCUCUCUUUGAACUGGAUGCCACCACCCUUCAGAGAGCUGACUGCCUGGUUCCAAGGAACUCCUAUGUCCGACUGAGGCACCUGUGCACCAACACUUGGGUCACCAGCACCAGCAUCCCCAUAGACACUGAGGAAGAGAGACCUGUGAUGUUAAAGAUUGGGACGUGCCAAACCAAAGAGGACAAGGAAGCUUUUGCCAUUGUGUCGGUUCCUCUGUCUGAGGUCAGAGACUUGGACUUUGCCAAUGAUGCCAACAAGGUUUUAGCAUCAGCUGUUAAAAAGCUGGAGAAUGGAACAAUCACCCAGAAUGAAAGGAGGUUUGUAACCAAGCUAUUGGAAGAUCUCAUUUUCUUUGUUGCUGAUGUGCCCAAUAACGGGCAAGAAGUUUUGGAUGUGAUCAUUACCAAGCCAAACCGGGAACGACAGAAAUUAAUGAGGGAGCAAAAUAUAUUGGCUCAGGUAUUUGGCAUCCUCAAAGCUCCUUUUAAGGACAAAGGUGAAGGAUCGAUGCUGAGACUUGAAGACCUGGGUGACCAGAGAUAUGCUCCCUACAAAUACAUGUUAAGGUUAUGCUACAGAGUUCUAAGACACUCCCAACAGGACUAUAGGAAGAACCAGGAAUAUAUUGCUAAGAACUUCUGCGUCAUGCAGUCUCAGAUUGGUUAUGAUAUUCUGGCAGAAGACACCAUCACAGCUUUGUUGCACAACAACAGAAAACUGCUGGAGAAACACAUCACAGCUAAAGAAAUUGAGACGUUUGUGAAUUUACUCAGGAGAAAUCGAGAGCCCAGAUUCUUGGAUUAUCUGUCAGACCUGUGUGUAUCUAACACCACAGCAAUACCAGUAACUCAGGAACUCAUCUGCAAGUUUAUGCUGAGCCCAGGGAAUGCUGACAUUCUCAUCCAGACCAAGCUGGUUUCAACCCAAAUGGACAAUCCCUUGGAAUGCCCAGUCAUCUCAGAUGACAUUGAUGAAGAGGAAGUGUGGCUUUACUGGAUUGACAGCAACAAGGAGCCUCAUGGCAAAGCCAUCAGGCAUCUGGCUCAGGAGGCAAAGGAGGGCACAAAAGCUGAUUUAGAAGUUCUUACCUACUACAGGUACCAACUGAACCUCUUUGCAAGGAUGUGCCUGGACCGCCAGUAUCUCGCCAUCAACCAGAUUUCUGCCCAGCUGUCAGUGGACUUGAUCCUGAGGUGCAUGUCUGAUGAAAGCCUCCCCUACGACCUGCGCGCUUCCUUCUGCCGGCUGAUGCUGCACAUGCACGUGGACAGAGAUCCCCAGGAGUCUGUGGUGCCUGUCAAGUAUGCCAGAUUGUGGACUGAGAUUCCUACCAAGAUCACGAUUCAUGAGUAUGAUUCCUUCACUGACUCUUCAAGGAAUGAAAUGAAGACAAAGUUUGCACUAACAAUGGAAUUUGUAGAAGAGUACUUGAAAGAAGUUGUAAAUCAACCCUUUCCAUUUGGAGACAAAGAGAAAAAUAAACUUACAUUUGAGGUGGUACAUCUGGCUCGAAACCUCAUAUACUUUGGCUUUUACAGUUUUAGUGAGCUUCUGAGACUGACCCGGACACUGCUGGCAAUUCUAGAUAUUGUUCAAGUUCCCAUUUCAUCAUACUUCGAGAGGCUGAGCAAGUUUCAGGAUGGAGGGAAUAACGUCAUGAGGACCAUCCAUGGGGUAGGAGAGAUGAUGACCCAAAUGGUGCUGAGCAGAGGGUCUGUGUUUCCCAUCAGUACCCCUGACAUACAGCCAAGCAUUCACCCAAGCAAGCAAGCCAGCACUGCAGACAGUGAAGAUGUGAUCGUAAUGGACACCAAAUUGAAAAUCAUUGAGAUUCUGCAGUUUAUUCUCAGUGUUAGACUGGACUACAGAAUAUCCUACAUGCUGUCUAUCUAUAAGAGAGAGUUUGGGGAAAACACUGAAAACGUUGACUGCUCUACAUCAUCUCCACCUGACACACCAGGGACUGCCUCAGCAAUUGUUCCUGACAUAGAUGAAAUUGCAGCUCAGGCUGAAACCAUGUUUGCUGGCAGAAAGGAGAAGAAUGCAGUUCAGCUCGAUGAUGAAGGGGGCAGAACUUUCCUACGGGUCCUCAUUCACCUCAUUAUGCACGACUACCCUCCUCUGCUCUCAGGGGCUCUGCAUCUGCUGUUCAAACACUUCAGCCAGAGAGCAGAAGUUCUGCAGGCAUUCAAACAGGUUCAGUUGCUGGUGUCCAAUCAAGAUGUGGAUAACUACAAGCAAAUCAAGGCUGAUCUUGACCAGCUACGUCUGACUGUAGAGAAAUCCGAAUUGUGGGUUGAGAAAAGCAGCAAUUAUGAGAGUGGAGAGGUGGGCGACAAUCAAACCAAAGGGGGAGAAGAGCCAAUGGAGGAAUCAAACAUUUUGAGCCCAAUACAGGAUGGGACCAAAAAACCCCAGAUAGACAGCAUUAAAAGCAAUAACUACAAUAUUGUUAAAGAGAUUUUGAUUCGACUCAGCAAACUUUGUGUUCAGAAUAAAAAAUGUCGGAAUCAACAGCAACGUUUACUGAAAAAUAUGGGCGCCCACUUGGUUGUCUUGGACCUUCUGCAGAUCCCCUAUGAAAAGAGUGAUGAAAAGAUGAAUGAAGUUAUGAAUCUAGCCCACACUUUUCUUCAGAAUUUCUGUCGAGGAAAUCCUCAGAAUCAAGUUCUCCUCCACAAAAAUCUCAACUUGUUCUUAACUCCAGGGCUCCUGGAAGCUGAGACCAUGAGGCACAUCUUCAUGAAUAAUUACCUCCUGUGCAACGAGAUCAGCGAGAGGGUGGUGCAGCACUUUGUGCACUGCAUCGAGACCCACGGCCGGCACGUGGAGUACCUGCGCUUCCUGCAGACCAUCGUGAAAGCAGAUGGCAAAUACGUGAAAAAGUGCCAGGACAUGGUCAUGACAGAGCUGAUAAAUGGUGGUGAAGACGUGUUGAUAUUCUACAAUGACAGAGCAUCCUUCCCAGUGCUGCUCCAGAUGAUGUGCUCGGAGCGCGACCGAGCCGACGAGAGCGGGCCCUUGGCGUACCACAUCACUCUGGUGGAACUGCUGGCUGCCUGCACAGAGGGCAAGAACGUGUACACAGAGAUCAAGUGCAAUUCACUGCUGCCCCUGGAUGAUAUUGUGAGGGUAGUGACCCAUGAUGACUGCAUUCCUGAGGUGAAAAUUGCCUAUGUUAAUUUUGUUAACCACUGUUAUGUGGACACUGAAGUGGAAAUGAAAGAAAUCUAUGCCAGUAACCAUAUCUGGAAACUUUUUGAGAACUUCCUUGUUGAUAUGGCAAGGGUUUGUAACACAACCACGGAUCGUAAGCACGCAGACACAUCUCUGGAGAAAUAUGUCACUGAGCCUGUCAUGAGCAUUGUGAGUGGCUUCUUCAAUUCACCAUUUUCAGAUAACAGCACCAGCCUCCAGACACACCAACCUGUUUUUAUUCAGCUGCUGCAGUCUGCUUUUAGAAUUUACAACUGUACCUGGCCAAACCCAACACAGAAAGCCUCAGUGGAAUCCUGUAUCAAGACUCUGGCUGAAGUGGCAAAGAACCGUGGGAUUGCAAUUCCAGUGGAUUUGGACAGCCAGGUGAACACGUUAUUCAUGAAGAGUCACUCCAACAUGGUGCAGAGGGCAGCCAUGGGGUGGAGGAUGUCAGCCCGCAGUGGACCUCGCUUCAAAGAAGCUCUUGGUGGGCCUGCCUGGGAUUACAGGAAUAUCAUAGAGAAACUACAGGACGUGGUGUCCUCCUUGGAGCAGCAGUUCACGCCCAUGAUGCAAGCUGAAUUCUCAGUGCUGGUUGAUGUGCUGCACAGCCCAGAGCUCCUGUUCCCUGAGGGCAGCGAUGCCAGAAUAAGAUGUGGUGCUUUCAUGUCCAAGUUGAUUAAUCACACAAAGAAGCUAAUGGAGAAAGAAGAAAAGCUCUGCAUUAAAAUCCUUCAAACUUUACGAGAAAUGCUUGACAAGAAAACCAACUUUGCAGAAGAGGGCAACACUUUAAGGAAAAUCCUCCUGUAUCGAUAUUUUAAAGGGGAAUAUGGAAGUGGUAUGAAUGGGCCCCUGUCUGCCAGCUACAGCAAAACUGCACAAGUGGGAGGUGGAUUUUCAGGACAAGAUGCAGAUAAGUCUGGGGUGACCAUGUUUGAUAUCCAGUGCCUCCUGGACAAAGAAGGUGCCUCAGAACUGGUCAUAGAUGUGAUAGUGAACACCAGGAAUGACAGGAUUUUCUCAGAAGGCAUUCUGCUCGGUAUUGCACUGCUUGAAGGUGGGAAUACGCAGACACAGUAUUCGACUUACCAGCAACUGAAGGAGCAGAAAAAGUCAGAAAGGUUCUUUAAAGUGCUGUAUGAUCGCAUGAAAGCUGCUCAGCAGGAGAUCCGAUCCACAGUGACAGUGAACACUAUUGAUUUGGGGAGCAAAAAGAAAGAGGAUGACAGCGACCUCACCAUAUCUGUUCCCAAAAAGAGAGUUAAGGAUUCAACCCUGCAUCUGAAAGAGGGAAUGAAAGGACAGUUAACAGAAGCAUCUUCUGCAACCUCCAAGGCUUACUCUGUAUACAGAAGAGAAAUGGACCCAGAAAUAGAUCUGAUGGGCUCGGGAGCAGAUGCUGCAAAUGCAGAAGAGAAGUCUGCAGAAGAAGCAAUCAUGAGCCCUGCCAUUGCAAUCAUGCAGCCAAUACUGAGAUUUCUUCAGCUGCUGUGUGAGAACCACAACCGAGAGCUCCAGAAUUUUUUAAGACAUCAAAACAAUAAAACAAAUUACAACCUCGUCUGUGAGACCCUUCAGUUUUUGGACUGCAUCUGUGGGAGCACCACAGGUGGGCUGGGCUUGCUGGGGCUUUACAUCAAUGAGAGGAACGUGGCUCUUGUCAACCAGACGCUGGAAAGCCUGACAGAAUAUUGCCAGGGCCCAUGCCAUGAGAACCAGACAUGCAUAGCCACCCAUGAGUCUAAUGGGAUUGAUAUUAUAAUUGCUCUCAUCUUGAAUGACAUAAACCCUCUUGGCAAAUACUGCAUGGACUUGGUGCUUCAGCUCAAGAACAAUGCCUCCAAGCUUUUGCUGGCUAUUAUGGAAAGCAGGCAAGACAGUGAGAAUGCGGAAAGAAUCCUUUUCAACAUGAGACCAAGAGAACUGGUGGAUGUGAUGAAGAAUGCCUACAACCAAGGCCUGGAAUGCGACCACGAGGAGGAGAAUGGAGAUGAUGGCAUCUCCCCAAAAGAUGUUGGCCAUAAUAUCUAUAUUUUGGCACAUCAGCUGGCUUGUCACAAUAAAACAUUGCAACAGAUGCUGAAGCCAGGGUCAGAUCCAGAUGAAGGAGAUGAAGCCUUGAGGUUUUAUGCCAAACAUACGGCACAGAUAGAGAUUGUUCGCCACGAUAGAACAAUGGAAAAGAUUGUCUUUCCUGUCCCCAAUAUUUGUGAAUUCCUCACUCGGGAAUCCAAAAGUCGAGUAUUCAAUACAACAGAGAGAGAUGAACAAGGGAGCAAAGUCAAUGACUUUUUCCAGCAGACUGAGGAUCUGUACAACGAGAUGAAAUGGCAAAAGAAAAUUAGGAAUAAUCCAGCCCUGUUUUGGUUCUCCAGACACAUCUCUCUCUGGGGGAGCAUUUCCUUCAACCUUGCUGUAUUCAUCAAUUUAGCAGUUGCUCUGUUCUACCCUUUUGGAGAUGAUGGAGAUGAAGGCACGCUCUCGCCGUUGUUUUCCGUGCUCCUCUGGAUAGCAGUGGCGUUCUGCACAGCAAUGCUGUUUUUCAUCUCCAAGCCUGUUGGCAUUCGACCCUUUUUGGUGUCUGUUAUUCUCAGGUCUAUAUAUACUAUAGGGCUCGGUCCUACCUUGAUACUCCUUGGUGCUGCUAAUCUCUGUAACAAAAUCGUGUUCCUGGUGAGCUUUGUUGGGAACCGUGGGACUUUCACCCGUGGCUACAGAGCUGUCAUCAUGGACAUGGCUUUUCUCUACCAUGUGGCUUAUGUCCUGGUCUGCAUGCUGGGCCUCUGUGUGCACGAGUUCUUCUACAGCUUCCUGCUGUUUGAUCUGGUGUACAGGGAGGAGACUUUGCUAAAUGUGAUAAAAAGUGUUACCCGGAAUGGCCGUUCAAUUAUCCUCACUGCAGUGCUAGCACUCAUCCUGGUUUAUCUCUUCUCCAUCAUUGGCUUCCUCUUCCUGAAAGAUGACUUUAUCAUGGAGGUUGACAGGUUGAAAAUCAGGACCCCUGCUGCAGGUAUUGGGGAAGUUCCCACCACAACCCUGACAUCGAUGAUGGGAGCCUGUGCAAAAGAGAACUGUUCCACGAGCAUCCCAGCUCUUAGCCCAGGUGAAGAAGAGGAGGACGGAAUAGAAAGGACCUGUGACACCCUGCUCAUGUGCAUUGUGACUGUGUUAAACCAAGGCCUGAGGAAUGGUGGGGGUGUGGGAGACGUGCUCAGAAAGCCUUCCAAAGAUGAGCCCUUGUUUGCUGCACGAGUUGUUUAUGAUCUUCUGUUUUACUUCAUUGUCAUAAUUAUUGUUCUCAACCUGAUCUUUGGAGUCAUCAUUGAUACAUUUGCUGAUCUCAGGAGUGAAAAGCAGAAAAAGGAGGAGAUACUAAAAACCACCUGUUUCAUCUGUGGACUGGAGAGAGACAAAUUUGAUAACAAGACCGUUUCGUUUGAGGAGCAUAUAAAGGCAGAGCACAACAUGUGGCAUUAUUUGUACUUUAUAGUUCUUGUCAAAGUUAAAGAUCCAACUGAAUACACUGGCCCGGAGAGCUACGUGGCACAAAUGAUUGUGGUAAGUCAAUUUGGGCAUGUGCUUUAUGCAACUGAGAGAUGCUCCUUGCAGCUAGGCCAGAGAAUAUCUUUCUUUUCCCCUCUCUCUGAACAACAGGAGGCAUCGAUCUGUAUUUUUAAAGAUCAUUUCACGUGUUUUAGUCUUGCAACAAAACCUGGACUUAAACAUAAUGAAAAAGAUGAAGGUGCAGGCUGCAGUCCCCAGUUUGGCAUCGGUGCUCUCAUGCUCUGUGGGUUCUGCUGCCUCAUUAGGCAGAGCUGGGGCAGGAGAGCAUGCAUCAUAACAUCUGCUGCUGCUCCAGCUUUGUCCAGUGUCUCUGGGCUGCUGUCCAGAAAAAUAACAUCUCCUGCUGCACACUGAAACACGGGGUCAGUGCUCAGGGCUGGUGCUUUUCUCCUAUGGCUGCUCUGAACAAGCUAGUGAAAGGACCAAGCAGAGCAGCCACAGGGUUUGAAGAGCCACAGAAGCUGCCUUGUGAAGCAGGGAGAGUGCCUGGAUUCAGAGAGAGAAAUGUGAUGAUGCUGGGCCAGAGAGGUGUUGGAUUACAUUUUGUUUCCAGCCUGCUGCUGAAGAGGGUUUGUUCUGCUGAGUGAGAGGAGUGGAUUAUCGAGGCUGCCUGGCUUGGGGCUUCAUUUUUGAGGAAUUCUGCCUGCCUGCUGGGAUAUUGUGGUGCAGCAUUUUCUUCCUGUGGACCUGCUGGCAGGUAUUGCACUGCUCAGGGCCUGUGCCAGGCUCUGUGGUUGCAGAGCUGGCAUAUGUCUGAAUCCCGGAGGAGGCUGUAACCAAAUGCGCAUCAGGAUUCGCUGUUUAUGCAUUUCUGGAGCCACUUUUCUUAUCAAGACUGUCUCUCUUUUACCCCUCAUCGAGCCUUUCACUGGACACACUACCCAGCCUCAUUACUGAGGUGCUGGGUGGCCUUUUACUCCCCAGUUCAGCCAAGGGGAAGAUGCUUCUCCUUUCACUUCAGCUGUCAUCAGGUCAGGCGCCAGGUUUCUGUGGAUCCCAGCUCCUUUCUGCCUUGUCAGUGCAGAAAGCUGAGUUGUUUAUCCUGCCUUCAGAUGGUUGUCCAGGAUAUAGCUGGGCUGACUCACCUUUCUCACUCCAUUGAGAGCCUAAAUGGUUAGUUUAGACAAGAUGCCUAAUUGGGAGCAGGCUAAAAUUAGAGCUGGCUCCCCAGCCCUGUGCAGGCUUAUGCAGAGCUUGCCUUGAAGAACUCACAUUAGUGGAAAUGGUGGUGUUCAGACAGGAAUAUGUGCUUGAUUGCUGCAGUUAAAUUGAGCUUUUGUAAGUGCUGUUGCCACUAGAAGGGAAGGUGCUGUGGCAGUGAUGGGAAUUCAGUGCUCAGGUGCAGAGGAACAGCUUAUUUCCUUCAAUUUUGAACCAUCAGUCUCAUUGCCCAGCUCAGGCUGUUUUAUACUGUAGGCAGUGAUGGAUCUACACUUCUGCAAUUUGGUGGGCAAGAUAGAAAACCUAAACCAAAUCCUUGUAGACUCAGUUGCAUUAUGAGGAAUUAUUCAUAGUGGCAAGUUGUCCUGUUACACAUGGAAAUAUUUUAGCUUAUGUCAGAAAUACAUUUUAAUUUGUAGAAUCAGACUCGGAGGCCUGUCCCAAUUGUUCAUUCCUCCUCUUCCUCUCACUGCAAUGUUUGUGGGAUUUUAAACUUUGUGGUAUGUAUGUUAAGUAUUAAUGUUUAAUUCCAAGAAAUGCAUUAAUAUUCAUAGUAAGUGUAUACAUCCUGUGGCAGCAGUAGUUUGACUUUUCUGAUGUGUAAUUCACUAAUGUAUUUUACCUCUGCAUUAAUGGCUAGAACUUUUCUUUGAAUAUCUAAAAUACUAAGAGAAAAGCACCAAAAACUCACAUGAUCUCAGACACUGAACUGAUUUCUCAAAGCCCCUGUUCCUCUGUGGCAGAAUGCUGGUUGUUUAAGUGGUUAGCAGUAAUCCAGAUUUUGGGAUUAUUAAACUCUCUUUUUCCAUGAGUAUAUAUAAAGUUAAAGGUUAUUGUGGAUGAUGGAGAGGUACCUAUGGAUCUAGAAAUGUAAAGCUUACAUGGAAUGAAAGUAUAAAUGGUAGAGUGGGAGAAAAAAAAUAAAUAAAUGUUUGAACAAACUGUAAGUGUCUGGUAUGGGAUUAGUAGUUGUGUCUUUGUGUAGUUUAAAUUCCUAGUAUGAAAGCCAGGGAAGAUGUGCUGUAUAGCAGAAGCAAUUGGAACUUCUUAAGUGAACAUAAAAGGGACACUUUCUCUUGGAGCCAGAGAAUUUACUGUAUACCACAUGCUACAAGGAAUACUAAGAAAUUAAAUAAAAUAAUGUGACUGGAGGAAUGGAGUAUGAUAUUUGUCUGGAAAAAGAGAUUUAGAGAUCCAGUUUUGCCUAGGACCAAAAGAAGAGUCAAAAGGAAAAGUCUCAGAGGCAGUUUUGCAGCUGUGUAGAAAGUGUGUUUGGGGUGUCCCAAACAGCCUGAUAGUCAUGAAUUACACCACAGGCACGUGAGAUGUGCUACAUUCCAUACAUUAAUGAAGCCUGAGUAUGACUUUUGUCAUGAAGACAGAGAGAGAAGCUGAUUCAGGCUCUGUGACAGCCUGAAAGCUGUGUGACCAUCCUUGUGAUGCUAUGAGAGGUGACCAAGGGCUGGGUAGGACAGCACAUUCUGGUUAGGGUCUGGUUAGGAUCUGGCAGAAAAGAGAUUUGAAAUUAACCUUUCACAAGGGACUUGCCAAUAGAAUUGACUCAUUGCUGAAAAAGGCUUGUUGGGGGUGUAUGGGAUUGCAGGAAAUUAUAAAUAUGGGUGGUUGGGACAACAGGGCAGUCUCGGGACCUCUUUGAAAAGGACAAGGUGGAAUGAGAUUUUAUAUUUCAUAGUAUGCAGAAUAUGGCUGGAAAACCUCUGUGAAUCAUACUCCUGGAAGAACUCUCCUCAUUCUAUUAAUUUUUGUUAUGAUCAGGAAUGCCUUCUAUGGCUGCUUCUGUAGCUUUAAUGGAUUCUAUGGAAUUUAAUGGAAUUCUUUGCUUUCAAAGCCAGAUCACUUAAGGAGAAUUUCUACCCAAAUCCAGUCUUCAAGUCCUUCAAUACACAUAGGUCAAAAUUUUGGAGUAUGCUGCAGUAACUUUAACAGAAAGUACAAUUUAGCUCCAAGUAGCAUCCUCACUAUCCAUACAACUGCAGUGAGGACCCAAUUAUUCUUUGCAUUUGCCUACUCCUGCCUUGCAAAGUAUUGCAAAAAGUAACAUUGGAAUUAUGAUCAGUAUAAACUAAGCACCAGGAAAAGCAUCUACAAUUUCUGGCUGUUUUUUUCUCUGUUGCCCAGCCUCAUCAGAGCCCAAAAAUAUGACUGUCUACUUUGUGACUCUCAGUCUUUUCUAUGUAUCAUUUAUCCAGCAAACACCAAAGCAUCUGGUUUGAAGGCUUGCUGAUAGCACAUCAGAUAAAAAAAACAGGAAUACUGUGGUCUCCUUGUUUUGCAAUGUUAUUUGAAAGGCUGGAUGCCAGAAUGGAUGGGAGUUAUUUACACAUCACAGUUCACCUCUCCAGU